GUCAUCGGAAGAGGAGGCCCCUCGUCACCGCCUCAUCAUGGACAGUAGCCGAAGCUCCUCCGAGUCGCGGACUCUGAGCCACGUGGACUACAAGUACAGCCUGCUGGCUUCAGACGGGGACGACUAUCUCAAGAGGCCGCUGCUGCUUCAGGUGGACGCGGCGCCCAUGAACCUGUUCGCCGUCCUGGAGGUGAAGCCCGAGCCCCCGGGGAGGCGCAGCGUGCCGGGCUUCUUCCGCAGGGCGCGCCUGUGCGGCGUCCUUCUCUGCACGGCCGUCACGUUCGUCAUCGUGGCCUCGUACGUCCUGACGGGGGACAGGAAGGACCUCCUGCUCACGCCGUCGCCUUAUCACCGCUUGCUCAGCCCCGCGGGACCUUUGGCCUUCAACUUGUCGUCGGUCAGGGACGACGCGCACUUGCAGUCGGUGGUCAAGUCCAUCGCGUCCAGGGUGGAGUUCCACGCCGGACGACAGUUGCCGGAGGUCAAGGACCUGAUUCACAGUGAGCAACAUAUGUUUUCCGUCACCCCCCGCCGAUUCCUCCCGGGCUUCCGCAACCCCUGCUGGUACGAGGAGUACGCCGGCAACGUGACGUCGGACCCGUACCGCGCAAACUCGUACGCGCGCUACGCUCGCAGCUUCCGCGCCGUCUUCCAGCACUUGAGGAGCACGUUCCGGAAAAACUUGCUGAGCCGCGACGGGAAACUCUUCCGCAUCCGCUGCCUGCCGUACUUUUACAUCAUCGGACAGCCAAAGUGCGGCACCACCGACCUUUACGACCGCUUGCGGCUGCACCCCGACGUCAAGUUCUCCACCUUCAAAGAGCCGCACUGGUGGACCCGCAAGAGGUUCGGGAUCGUCCGUCUGAGCGAGGGCUUCCAGGACCGCUACCCGGUGGAGGACUACCUGGACUUGUUCGACCAGGCCGCUCACCUCAUCCAAGGCAGCCCGCCGGCCAACGGCAGCGGGACGCCCGCUCGCCCCGACCUCAUCAUCGGUGAAGCCAGCGCCUCCACCAUGUGGGACAACAACGCCUGGGUGCACUUCUACGACAACGCCAGCGCCGGGGGGGAGCCGCCCUUCCUCAUCCAGGACUUCCUGCACGCCCUGCAGCCCGACGCCCGCUUCGUCGUCAUCCUCAGGGACCCGGUGGAAAGGCUCUACUCGGACUACUUGUACUUCGGCAUCGCCAACAAGUCGGCGGAGGAUUUCCACGAGAAGGUGUCCGAGUCCCUGCAGCUGUUGGACGGCUGCCUCGCCGACUUCACGCUUCGCUCCUGCGUCUACAACACCACCCUCAACAACGCCAUGCCCGUGCGACUGCAGGUGGGCCUCUACGCCGUCUACUUACUGGACUGGCUGAGCGUCUUCGGGCGGGAUCAGAUCCUGGUCCUCAGGCUGGAGGACCACGCCUCGGACAGGAAGCGCACCAUGCACACCGUCUUCCGCUUCCUCGGCCUCGAUCCCCUGAGCCCGCAAAUGGAGUCGGAACUGGACAGAAGCCCGGCGUCCAAUAGCAGGAGGCCGGCCGACAAGAACCUGGGCCCCAUGCUGCCCGCCACUCAAACGGUCCUCCGGCACUUCUACGCGCCCUUCAACCGCAAACUGGCCCAGGUCUUGCGCAAUGACUCCUUCCUGUGGCACGCCCGAGUAUGACCUCUGACCUCUACCUUGAACCCCGCGUAAUUGACGUCCGGCCCAAAAGAUUUGUACUUAUUUAUGAACCCCGCAAGAUGGCAGCAAAGGACUUUUUUAUUUUCCUCUCGGACGAGGCUACGGCCUGACUCAGUGAAGCUCCUCAGCUCACGUCAACACAGUUGCUUGGUACCAAGAUGCCGCUAGCGAACUAUAUUUCCCAUCCCUGCUCAGUUUCCGCUGGCAUCAGUCGUCUUUAACGAGUGCCCUUAAAUUAUUUUUUUAAUUUAUAAAAGUAGCAGAAGUUAAUCAAAGAUGGCAAAUAGCACAAGUGUGUUUCUGUGUACAAGAUGUACAGU